UCUCUCUCUCUCAGCCUUUCUCCCUCUCUCGCAGCCUUCACUCAGCAGAGUCUGUAGUCUGUGGUCGUGGUAGCGGACCGAAACUAAAAGCUCCCCUUGUCUCAGUGAAUGAGUAAAUUCACACGGCUGAAGUCCGCUUUGUGAAGAGCGCCCAGUGUGCGCGCCUGUGUGCUCGCUGAUCGGCGGAGCUCAGUCAGUCUUUCAGUUCUGCUAAAGAAGAAGAAGAAAAAGAAGAAGAAAAAAGUGUUGAUUCCUCGGACGUGCGUUCACACCGUGCCAACAACUAGAGAAGCGUAAACAGGAGCGAAAACAUGAAGAACGCGAUGAGAGAUUGUUUUCCUCUCCUGCUGCUUGUUGUGGUGACGGUGCUGACGGAUCCGGGCGCUGAAGCCUCUGUCUCCGAGGAUGUCCAAUCCAUCACCCCGGGGGGCCCUCCAGAGAACAAAGCCAGCUUGUACUCCACUACCCACGAUGCAGACAGGAGACUCCCUGUGGUUACCACCGCCCCGCCUCUCACUAUCUUAAACCAUCAUCCACUCUACAGAAACCACCCCCAGCACACGCCACCAUUCGGCCCUCAUGGUCAACCAAACUCCUUUGAAGACAGUGGUGGAUCCAGCUCCAUUCGCUCCACCUCACCCGCUGUGCCAUCAGAGACUCCUCUGGAUAAUGCCGAUAGAAAGGCUUCAGAUGAGAGCAAUGAUGAUUCCAACAUACAGCCAACCCAUCUUACACACACAGUAGCAGCCACGUCUCUCUCCAUCACCCCCGUUCCAGCCACUCGAGUGGUUUUAAAGGAUCCAGAUGAUAUUUCCACCAUUUCAUCUGCGACUGCUGCGAGGGAGAACGAUGUAGUAAGGUCAGAUCAGUCUGAACUGAAGCAGAAUGUCAGACCAGGCAGUGAUGAAGAGGAGACAACCACCACCACUAUCACUACUACUACCACCAUCAUAACCACAAUGCAGAGCCCGGUCCCAUGCCAGCUGAACCUGACCGGACCAGAAGGAUACAUUGAGGCUCCACCACUGUCCAGCUCUGCCUUUCAUUCUACGAUAGACUGCAGCUACAUCAUCACUGCAUACAUGGGCUAUGGAGUGGAGGUUCAGGUGAUGAAUGUGAAUCUAUCUGAGGGAGACAAGGUGGUGUUUGAAGAUGUGGGCUACGGGGAGAACACCAUGCUGGCCAACGAGUCCAUUCUGAUGAGAGGGUUGGUGGUACGGAGCCACAGCAACCAGAUCUCUAUCCGGAUGCACAGCCCCAAGGCCCACGGUGGAUCAGUGCUGCUCAGAUACCAAUUCUUCGUGCUGAGCUGUGUCUUCCCCAAGCGCCCGAUGUACGGUGAUGUAACAGUGAGCAGUCUCCAUUCUGGAGGAGAGGCUUUCUUCUCCUGCCUGACUGGCUAUCAGCUGCAAGGCCCCAGUGUGCUGACCUGCCGCAAUGCCAGCACCCCCUACUGGAGUGGCAAGGAACCACACUGCCUUGCGGCCUGUGGAGGUUUGAUGAAGAACGUCACAGUUGGUCGGAUCACCUCUCCUGGUUUUCCCAGCAACUACAGCAACAACCUGACAUGCCACUGGCUCCUGGAGGCUCCCGAGGGCCAAAAGCUUCACAUUCACUUUGAGAAAGUGGCAUUGGCCGAGGAUGAUGAUCGGCUGCUGAUCAAGAACGGUAACAGCAUCGAUGCAGCGGUCCUCUACGAUUCAUACGCAGUGGAGUAUCUGCCCAAUGAAGGUUUACUCAGCUCGUCCAGGCAUCUGUUCAUUGAGCUGACUACAGAUGCUACAGGCACAUCGACUGGUGUUGCCAUCAGGUACCAAGCUUUUGCAGCAGGCCACUGCUACGAGCCCUUCGUGAAGUAUGGCAACCUGACCAGCAGCGAUAACACGUGGGCAGUGGGAGCUGUGGUGGAGUUUGCCUGCGACCCUGGCUAUACUCUGGAGCAGGGAUCUGUCACCAUUGAAUGCAUGGAUCCCAACAAUCCCCAGUGGAAUGACACAGAGCCUGCCUGCAGAGCUGUGUGCAGUGGUGAGAUCACAGAUUCAGCUGGAGUGGUGCUCUCUCCCAACUGGCCUGAAGCCUACGAUAAAGGGCAGGACUGCAUCUGGGGAAUCCAUGUGGAGGAGGACAAGAGGAUCAUGUUGGACAUCCAAGUGUUGAACAUCGGGAAAAAUGACCUGCUGACGUUUUAUGAUGGAGAUGACCUCACUGCCAAGGUUUUGGGUCAGUACGGAGGCUCGAAGUCUCACUUUAAACUCUACACCUCCACUGCGGACGUCACCAUCCAGUUCCAGUCUGAUCCUGCCACAAAUGUCUACGGCUAUGGCAAUGGCUUCGUAGUGCACUUCUUCGAGGUGGCCCGCAAUGACACCUGUCCUGAGCUUCCAGAGAUCACCAAUGGAUGGAAGAGUACAUCGCACCCUGAGCUAGUUCAGGGCACCGUGGUGACGUACCAGUGUUACCCAGGCUUUCAGGUGGUGGGUGCUGAACUGCUCAUGUGCCAGUGGGACCUCACCUGGAGUGGUGACCUACCAAGCUGUGAAAGAGUGGUGUCUUGUGCAGACCCUGGGCAGGUGGAUCAUAGCAGGCGAGUGCUAUCAGGUCCUCAUUUCACUGUGGGUUCUACCAUCCAGUACAUCUGCAACAAGGGCUUCACUCUGUCUGGAAACAGCCUGCUCACCUGCUUCAACCGAGGCUCCUCGGGCCCCAAGUGGAACCAGAAGCUGCCUAGAUGUCUACCUGAGACCUUUGAGCCCUGCACUCACCCAGGAACCCCCACCUAUGGGAUCCCCAACUCCAACAAGGUCCACUUCCAGGCUGGAGACACUUUACACUACUCCUGCCUGACUGGCCACCAGCUCCUGGGCGAGCCUGUUCUCCACUGCGUCCCUGGUCACCCGUCCCAGUGGAGUGGGCUGCCACCUGUCUGCAAAGCUCACCCUGAAGGUUACCAUGAACGCAGAUUAGAUGUGUCUACUGCUGAUGUCAGACUGGAGGGAGCCCAGGUGGCAUUUGCCGUCUUCAUCCCCGUCAUCCUCCUCCUCAUCCUCAUCAUUGGGAUGUACCUCUACUUCUCAAAGGUUCAGCAGAAGUCACUACAUGUGUCACUGUCCUCCAAGCCACCGUACAAAAGCAUCUCUGGAGAAUCUGCGACUGACAGCUCUGUGUAUGAAACAACGAACAAUGAGGAAACAAGAGAGUAUGAGGUUUCGAUCUGAAGAUGCCAGUGUGUGUCUCAGUAUGGACAGAUAAGGAGUCCACUGGCCUUUUCAACGUCCAUCAGACUUGCACCUUUGGUGAAUCAUUUGAUGCCUCCACUGUUCUCUGUACACUGAAAUAUGAGCCUCCCUUUAUUUACCCAACAGAGGACAGACACCUCACCACCCCCGGAAAGGCUGGGCCACUGGAUUAUUUUUCUAGCUCUUCAACAGUAAGAGUCCAGCAGCAGUUUGUACAGUUUUUAAUCCCGUGCUUGCAUCCUGAGGACUUUCAGCGCGAGUGCAGAAGGGAUCAACGUGACGCUAUAGUGCCACCAAGUACAUACACAGUACAUAUACAGUAUAACCACAUAUGUUGGGUUGUGAUAUGUCUUCUGUCAACAAUAAAAGAACAAUGUUUAUGUGUUUAA